AUGAACGUCAAUCGUCUCUUUGGUGCUGCGUCGCGCAUGGGCAUUCACCGCCUUUCGUCUUCGGUUCAAGUUCAACACCGUGCCAUCAUUCCUACCGGUACGACUGCUACUACCGGUACAGCGAAGCGCUUCUUUGCCGAUCGCAUUGUGGUGGACGACAGCCGUGGCGACGACAGUCAAUGGGCGCACGACUUUACCGAGGCUACAGUGGGUGUGGCCCAAAUGGAUCCCAAAGAGAUUGACUACGGCACGUCGGCUCAGCGAUUGCGAGAACUCAUCAAGUCGGGUUUGUUGCUGCAUACCGAUUUGCGCGAUCAUCCCGAACGCUUCUUUUUGGCCCAUCGCAUUCUGGCACAACAUUCGUCGGCGGUCGGACCUGGAUUUUGGGUACGAUUUACCGUGCAUUACAAUUUGUGUGCUGGAACCGUUUUGGCUCUGGGAACGGAUCCACAAGUCGAGCAAUUGCAGGAGAUGCAAACACAGGGAUUGUUGGGUUGCUUUUCCUUGACGGAAAAGUUGGCCGGGGUCAGUUCCGGGUUGGUGGUCAAUACGACGGCGACUUGGCAGCCCGAGUCGCAAACCUUUCUAUUAAACUCGCCGGAUGUGGGGGCGCACAAGAAUUGGAUCUCUCAAGGUUUGGUGGCCGAUAAGACGGUCGUUGUGGCCGAUCUAACCAUUCAAGACAAGUCCUAUGGUCCUCAUGCCUUUCUCAUUGACCUUCGUCAAGAUGGCGACCUGGUUUCUGGUGUUGCCACUCAAGAUAUGGGAAUCAAGACGGUUGGCAACGACCUGGACAAUGCGGCCAUUGCUUUUGACAAUGUCACCAUCCCCAAAUCGGCACUACUCAGCAAAUUCGCGGACAUUGACGCCGACGGAAACUAUGUCCAAAAAGUGAAGGGCAUUCCUGUUUUUCAUAUGAUUGGACAGCGUCUCUUUACAGGACGUGUCGCCGUGGCACAAGCUGCCAUGGCCUUUCGUCGCGGACUCUUUGAUCGGACCAAGCAGUUUUCGGAUCAAAAGCAGUGCUGGGCUCCCCAUGGAAAGCAUGUCGUGUUGAGUGACAUUCCUCACAUCAAUGCCCUCUACGAGAAGGCGCACUCGGAAGCGGCCGAGUUGGAUGCCUUUGUCGGCGAAUGCGAACGACGACUCUGUGAUUGCCUUCGCAAUAACAAACUCCCCAGUUUGGACCUUGUCGAGGCAAUUGCCUGUGCCAAGGUCAAGUGCGUUGAGGGGAGCAUCCGUGCAUGUCAUCAGCUGCAACAAGACGUUGGUAGCUAUGCCCUCAUGGGUGGAACAGGCUUUGAGAAUAUUGACUUUUUGACCUGCUGCAAAUUUGCCGAAGGAGAUAGCCGCAUUUUGCAGCAAAAAAUGAGCCGAGAUCGUAUGAAGCGAUUCCAGAACCAGGACGAUACACCAGAGGGAGUGGAACCCCAAGAUUGGGCCACUGAAAAUCAAGCCUGUGCUGAUUUGCAGGACAAGAUGCUCCACAUCAUGACAACUGAGAAUGUCGACAAGCAUAUGGCUUGGGAUCGCUGCUUUGAGGAGGUGUAUGAACUCUCGGAGGUCAUCAUGGCGAGGACCAUGAAGUCCUUCAUGGCGAAGGCUUGA